AUGAAGAAACCAAUUCCGAAAAUUAGGGUUCUAGGCCAGCGAUCGAUUCCCUCCUCUUUUCUGAAUCGCAUCUCGACUCCUGUGGAAGACUCUCCGUCGAAGAAAGUAGACAAGUGCACUUCAUUUUCAGAGUUUCUCGAUAGCAAGCUGAACAACUCAGUCCUGUUUAAACUCAACAACACAGAGGAAGGGCCAAGACUUUUCACCUCAUUGGUUAGCUCUAGAGAUCAGACUCAACUCUCUCAUGGGUUUGUUGGGAUGGAGAAAAAUGGCGAUGAAGGUCUUGAAAAGACAAUGCUUCAGCAGUUCAAGCCAAGAGAGACACAGGUAAGUGAAGAAGUGAGUAGUGAUGUUACUGGUAAGGCGAGUCUUGAACCGUUGGAUCAAACCACUGCUGAAGAAAUUGAUCUUUUGACAUCAUGCUUUGAUGAAACCAAUGAAGAUAUCAUUGUGAAGGACGAUAAGUUAUCAAAGAGAAGAAAAGAUCCUUUUGAAGGUAUGGAGAGCGUGACUAGAACGGGAAAGGCUGUUAUACUCUUUGGAGGAAACUCAAAAGUAUCAAAGCCAAUGCAAAGGAAAAGAGGAAAAGGAAGCCACGACAGUAGCAAGAAGCAGAGACCCACAUAUAACCAUUGGUUUUGGGACAAUGACAUGGAAGGUGUUGACUCAGAGGAAGUUGGACAUAGUGAAGUAUGGGAAGGAGUUGGUUCGACCACGUUCGGAGACAUUGUUGAUUGGCACUAA